AUGGCUUCUACUACCGCUGUGUCAUUUGUCAUGCCACUUACCCAAAACCGAUCAUCUUCGUCGUCCGCGAAAACCAUCGCCUUCCUCAAGCCAUUGCCUUUGAAGCCAUCCAAGACCUCCUCCUCCUCCUCCUCCUCCUCCUCCUCCUCCUUAGCCAUGCCUUCACGAAGGUUUCAAGUGAAUGCUUCUAGCCUGAAAAUGGACAAGGCUGUGAGCGGCUUAGCCGCGGCAGCUCUCACAGUUUCGAUGGUGAUCCCUGAGUAUGCUGAAGCUGCUGGCUCAGGAAUCUCUCCUUCUCUCAAGAACUUCUUGCUUAGCAUUGCAGCCGGAGGCGUUGUGCUCACCGUGAUCAUCGGUGUGGUCGUUGGUGUCUCCAACUUUGACCCUGUUAAGAGAGGCUAA